AUGACCCAUAGUGGGGUUGGUAUGGCCCGAGCUUUCAGCGGCUGUGCUUGGGCUCCUCGGAGGCGCAUUACGGCGUUUUUUCUAUUACUAAGCGCCGGAGUAUUUACUAUAGUGAUCUUCGGUGGUAGUGGUUCUAAUUUGCUCCGUGAGGACCAGAUGGAGGAACAUAUAGCAGAGAUUCGAUCUCAUUUGCAGUUCCUCGAUUCUUUAUACAGAGCAAGACAAGAAGACUUGAUUGCUUUGCAAAGUAAGAUCCUUGCUGGUCGCAGCAACAACACUCCGCACCAACAAAUGACAGCUCCAUUCUCCGAAGCCUAUGCUACGUCGAUGACGGCAGAGCUUAUGGUCAUGUUGAAAAAUCUGACGGGAACAAAGGCAGCAAUGGGUAUGCAACCGAAAAAUCUUCAGCUCUUACGUACCCCCUUCGUGUUUCAACUGCUCCCACAUCUGAUGAAUGAUCCACUUAGCCUGCGUCCCUCUUACCACAUGAAAUCUGGUCGGGUAUUUGUCGAUGUUGUUAUAGGCAUACCGACUGUUAAACGAGAUAAGGAAAGCUAUCUUAUGAUCACUCUGACGCACUUGAUCAACGGCUUAAAAGAAGAUGAACUCAGUUCCACUCUCAUCGUCGUAUUUAUCGGAGAAACGGAUUUGGAAUAUGUCCUAAGCACAGCUAGACAAAUUGAAAUCACGUUUCCACAACACGUAGGCAGUGGAUUAAUUGAAGUUUUGGCUCCUUCGGCCGCUUAUUAUCCUGACUUUAAUAUUCUCCCGAAAACCUUGGGUGACUCUUUAAAGCGUGUCAAAUGGCGCACGAAGCAAAAUUUAGAUGCUAUUUAUUUGAUGUCGUACGCUCAGACUAAGGGAACAUUUUAUCUGAUGCUCGAAGAUGACGUCAUUGCUAGGAAGAAUUAUAUGCAGGAUAUCAAACAGUUUACCGCAGCAACGAGCGUCUCGACGCCGGAUUGGUUUUUCCUGGAGUUUUGUCACGUUGGCGGAAUCGGCAAGCUGUUCAGAUCAUCCGAUCUGAUCCACUUCAGCACCUACGUGCAACUGUUCUACAAGAACAUGCCCAUCGACUGGCUUUUAGAGAGCUACUUAGCCGAUAGAGUAUGCACCAUCGACAAGAGUUCGAAAGUUUGUGGAAAGCACAAGAACGAAAUUCGCCCAAAAUACAAAACAUCCUUGUUCCAGCAUAUUGGGCUCUACUCUUCGCUGAAGGGGAAGAUACAGAAAGUGAAGGAUAACCCACUUGGCGCAGUGCCAACAUUUUAUCCCCAUACGAAUCCACCGGUUCGAUCUUUGAAGACUAAUAUUCAAGAGCAAUCUGACCAUACGUUGAGGAGGGCUUACGAUGGGCAAACUUACUUCUGGGGCGUUAAACCGAAGAAAGGCGAUAUGGUAGAAUUUUGGUUCGAGAAACCAACUCAAAUUGAAAGUUACACUUUCCGGAGUGGCAACGUUGACCACAUAUCAGACAAGUUCUAUGACACAGUGGUAGAAGUGAUGCCAUCUAAGACUAAUAACUUCACUGUUGUUGGAGCAUUUGACGAGUUUGGCCUUGCUGACGGUGAACUUAAGAAGGAAAUUGGACCUAUUGUUGCAAUGCGUCUGAGAAUCAACAGCGACAGUUUCUACUGGGUCAUCCUCAGCGAGAUCCAACUUAAAACACGGGAGGAUUCAAGAUGA